AUGGACGACGAUUGCACAGAAAAGCUGCACGACUCCGUUGAAUUCUGUACCGAAGAACCCUGGUGUUUAGGAAAAUGGGAAGAUGCUAGGGAUCAACCCCCUUGGCCUAUUGGAAAAGAGCUACCGUUGAACAGACCAUUCGAGAGAGCCGUGAAUGCGAUCAGAAAGAAAGGAAACGAAGCUUUUGUUUCCAAAGAUUACAAUAAGGCUGUCGAAUUAUAUUGCGAUGCGAUAGAUUUAUCUGAUUCACAAAGGGUUAAAAGCCCAAUCCCCGGUAUUCCAUAUCAGUACCCGAUACAAGAAGUGUCUAGAAGGGCGAUUUACUCGAAUAGAGCUGCUUGUUAUCUUGCUCAAGGCAAAUAUCAAGCUUGUUUGGAUGACUGUGACGAGUGUCUGACGGGUGUAUUUCCUAUACCGAUGGCACCUCCACUUCGUAAAGCUGCGUACAGAAGAGCUCAAGCACUUUGGUAUAUGGGUAAAAUUGAAGACGCUCUUGCGGCUUGUGAUGCGGUAUACCUUAAUGAAUUUGCUGCACUUCCAGAAUCAGAAAGACCACCUGGGGAUGAAUCAUUUUUAAAGUUAAAACAAACGAUUGAAGCCUCGAUUGAAGAUGAAGAAGAAGAAGAAUCAAGUUCAAAAGCAAAGGUCAUUAAAAAGAAGGGAAAAAAGAAAGCUUCACGUAAGGCUUAG